UUCUGGCUGACUUGACGCAGCUGUUGCAUUGACAGUGAGGCAAAAGAUUGGAAACACGAGCAGCUGCCAGCAACACCACAAAAAUACCGACACGGAGACACCAAGACCUGCUGCCAGACUCAUUUACAUCUGGAAAACCGGUGUGUUUACAACACAGACCAACACAUUUCACGGUACUGAUGACAAACCGGGUUUGGGCGAUGAUCGUCUGGCUGAUUUAUAUUUGAGCCCGAAUGACGAGGCUGAACUGAACUGAACUUUCCCGAUCCUGCACACCCACGGUGCAACAACAACUGCGGGGAUAACACUGCGGGGACGUGCGGUGGUUUCCUCUGGAUCAAACAGUGAGGGGGGGGGGGUAACGCCACGUACGACGAUAAUACGGGAUAAUACAACUGUCUGUGGGGGUGCAGUGGAGCGGCUGCACAGCCGAGUUGUUAAGUUAAACACAAUGUGAAACCAGCGAUGAUCAACUUGGUGGAAAGUUGGGAGAGACGGCGCAUCAAAGGAAGUAUUUACACAAAAGUGAUGUUUUUUGGAGCACGCUACGGCAGAUUAACGUCCACACCUUCUCUCGCGAACUAAUCAAACUGAAUAACAUUAUGGGCGAAGUGGCCAUGGAGGAGCAGGAGAGAGAGAUCUCCGACAUCGAGCCGCAGGAGUGCUCCACAGGGCCGGAGAACGGAGUCAUGCUGGUGGUCAAUCACAGCCGGAUCCUGCCCCCCUUCAGCGUCGUGCUGGCCACCGUGCUCUACUGCGCGGAGUUCGUCGCCGCCGCCGUGCUCUGCAGCUUGUACCACAAGACCGAGGAUGUGAUCUGGAUGAGCUUCACCAUCGCCUUCAUGCUGCUGCCCGCCGUGCUCAUCCAGCUGGCUCUGACGUUCAUCCACAGAGACCUGGGUCGGGACCGGCCCCUCGUCCUCUUCCUGCACCUGCUGCUGCUCGGCCCUGUCAUUAGGUGUUUCGAGGCUCUGGUGGUCUAUUUCAAGGCGGGUAAAAAGGAGGAGCCUUACGUCACCAUCUCCAGGAAGAUCAACCUGAAAAAGGGACAGGACAUGCCCAUGGAGUGGGAAAUCGGCCAAUCGGAGCGCAACCUGGCCACUCACAGAAACGCCUUCAAACGCACCGCAGUCAUCCAGGCUUUUCUGGGCUCCGCGCCUCAACUGACGCUGCAGCUGUACGCCACCAUCCAGGAGAAAUAUGUCUUCCCUGCAAGAAUGGCUCUGAUGAUCAUCACUCUGAUCUCCAUCACAUACGGGGCUCUUGUGUGCAUCGUCCUGGCCAUCCAGAUCAGAUUCGACGACUACAAGGUGCAGUUGCGCCCUUUUGCCUACCUGUGCAUGAUCGUGUGGAGGGGGUUGGAGAUCGCCACCCGGAUCACCGCUCUGGUCCUCUUCAGCACGGCGCUCACACACUGGGUGAUCCUGGUCGGCAUGGUUAACCUCCUCUUCUUCUUCUUCCUCCCCUGGGUUGAGUUCUGGGCCAGGAAAGGCUCACUGACUGAGGGCGUGGAGAAAAACUUCUCUAAGCUGGGCACCACGGUGGUGCUGUCCAUGUUCACGUUGCUCUACGCCUGCAUCAACGUCUUCUGCUGGUCGGCGGUGCAGCUGGACCUCUCACAUCGAGAGCUCAUCGAGAGGAAGCAGCGCUGGGACCGCCUGGCCCUGUUCUACUGUGGACGCUUUGUGGAGAACUUCAUCCUCAUCACGCUCUGGUACUUCUUCAAGUCGGACUUCUACGAGUAUGUGUGCGCGCCGCUGCUGGCCGUCCAGCUGCUGAUCUGCUACAGCCUGUCCGUGCUCUUCAUGCUGCUAUUCUACCAGUUCGGCCACCCCUGCAGACGCCUCUUCAAGUACAACGUGCACGACUGCCUGCACUGCGUCUGCUGCCGUACAGGGCGGAGGGGAGAAAGAGGUCAGCGAAGGAAGCUGCCUCCCUCGUACUCGACCGCUGCCACAAUGGUGCUGGUGCCGGAAGAGCCACUUGAACUGCUGGACCCCCAAAACUCCCAACUCCUCGACCUCACGAGUCAGCUGGAAGAGCAGGAAACGGCUAUUGUUGAAGACAUGAUGGAAGCAGCCUGAGAGGUUGCUUUGUGGGGAUUUAAAUGAACAAGUUCUCUAAUGUAGAAGUGCACCUCACCUGGCGCCGCAGCUGGUACCGCUGAACAAGACCUCAAGUACUUUUAACACAAAAUAAAAAGAUUGUAUUUAAGUUCACAAAACCUUACUAAUUCAUGGUUGUGAGGGGGAUUUAGGUUAACUUCUGAUGUCUUUAUCGAGGGUGAUUAUGACACAUGGGGCACAGCGAGUACACUAAAGAAUGUAGCAUGGUGAGAUACGCAGCGAUGCACAAAGGCUGCCUUGAGAGAGCAGCAUUGUACAGAACUGAGCCAGGUGUGCGGGAGACAUGCCAAGAGUGUCCGAAAGACGGAGCGGGACACCCCAGUUUACUUCCUCUCAGGGUUUUCACGCUACGAACGCCCCCCCCCCCUUUGCAAACAUUUACAUCUGCACUAAACAGACUUUUUUUUAAAAAGCAGCAGCAAGGCAAGAAAAAGGUCAGAAGAAGAAUUUAUCUUCCUCAUACCCAAAUACAUAAACCUGCUGUGUUGAAUGCCUUUUUGUUUCCACUGUUCAGUCUGGUUGCCUCGAUUUAAAAAAAUAAAUACAUUAAAAAAAAAAGGUUUUAGUUUUACAAAAAUACAUAAUUAUAUGUCAAAAGUUGGUGAAAAUAAGCUGUUGAUAAAAACUUUAUGGAAUAUCAGACGUGUCUUUUGUUUUGUUUUGUUAACCUUCCAGUUGAUGCAUUAACCAGACUGACACUAAAUGAGCUUCUACCUUAUCAAAGUGCUUUCACUGUUUGCUUAUUUUUUAAUGCUUUGUCUUGUUUGUUCGUUCAGUGCCUUGACUACUAUUGUUUUACUUGAAACUUAAAAUAAAAUAAUCUGAUGGCGACACA